GUGCUGUCUGUUUCAUUGCAUAUCUUAAAGUCUUGAUGCAGCUGUUACUUUCAGUAAUACUACAAACUCACACUUAUCUCACGUUUCCAAAUAACAGUCAUCCACCUUUGUCUACAUAUUUCAUAUGGAUCCUACUGACUCGAAUGGCAAUUGUCAAUUGAAUAUCACUUCGCCGAUACCUUCUACACGUCAACGUUAUGGUUUAUAUUUACCACCGCCUACUCCAUCGCCGCCUGAGUUAACUCCUUUAACUAGUCCAAUAAUAACUAAUAGUUCAACACCUACUACACUGGUCGAUUCUAAACAAAAUACUCUUACAAUAACGCAAGAAAGACGUGAAACACCUGAGGGUUUUGUACUGCCUUAUAAUACAGAGAAUACUACAAGUCGAACAAACUCAUCAAGUGAAGCAGAGACGUCGUUUCUCUCACCUACUCCGAAUAAAUCGUAUGUCUUAACAAAAACACUAACAUCAGACAACAGUAUAAGAAAUGUCAAAUCAUCUAUUGACUUGAUGAAGGAUAUCAAUGAGGAGAAUUUAUUGUCUCACAGAUCAAAAUGUUUCACUCCAGAGGUGCAUAUUUCACCACCUUUAGCCUCAUCCAGUGUAUCCAACUCAGUGAAAAAUAACUCCAUUAAUGGAAAAUUAGAAUCUUCUAGUAAAAAUCCUGCAAAAUCAAUCACUACUAGUGACUUUGAUACAGUUCAAGAAAAUCCUGAUGUUCUCAAAUGGGAUUAUGCUGGUGAUUUAGCCUCAAAUCGAUUAGAUAUUUCAAGAAUCAACUCACAAUUGAAUAUUUCUUCUUCCUCUUGUUGUUCUUCUCGUCCAAUCAAUUUGCCUAUUGAUUAUAUCGAUUAUGAUACAAGUGUUGCAUUGACAUGGCCAUCUUCUGGUGUUCACCUUUCACCGCCAUCAAGAUAUGGUUAUCUAUUGCACAGAAAGUGUAAUUUCAAUAGAACAUUGAAUCAUAAUAAUUUGUGUAAUUAUUUUUUAAGAAAAAAUCGAUAUGGAAUAAAAAUUGAAACUGGCCUAUCGACAACUGCUCUGUCUGCUGGUGUAUUAAAUCAAGGUUCAUUUAUAUCAAGUCCAGAUCCUGAAGACGACGAAGCGGUGUACAAUUCAUUACCUUUACAUUCCGGUGAUAAUUCUCUUAGCGCAUAUAAAUAUCAUAAUCGUUAUCGCCAUGAUCACCAUGGUUAUCAAGGUCAGCAUCAUCACUACAAUGAUUUAGAAAGUGAUGAAAACUCACAAAAACUUACCUCGAAAACAAGUAAUAGUAAUGACCAGCACAAGCACCACCACCAGGAACAUCAGAGAAGGGAAGAAGAAGAUAAAGAAGGAACUGACGAUAACGAUGAUGAUGAUGAUAAGACGAAUAAUUGUGAUGAAAUGAAAUUCGAGCUACCCACAGAGUCUGUAUUCAACACCAACGAGAACAACACAGUGAAUGUGACUUUAAAUCAAAUUUGUUUGAAUACCAGUGAAUCGGUGACAGAACUGCAAAAUUUCGCUAAUCGUAUUUUAAAGGCAACUGAAGCCGCUGAGGAACAACUUAGACAACGGAUAAAUCAUUUGUCCGCUGUAAUGGAUAAAACAACUGUCAGCGAUAGUAAAUUACAGGAGGAAAAGGCAAUAGAUAAACCACCUGAACCACGUGCUCGAACAUCGCUGGCAGGCCAGUCAAUUGGGUGUACUGAUGGCGCGCAUCAAUCUCUUCGGAGGGAUGAUAAUAAACAAGAGGAUACCUUAAUCCUCCAACCUUCAACAAAAAUCAAUCAUGCAGUUACAAACGAUACAAAUAAUGAGAUCUUCGAUGACAACAAUGAAGAGAAUUUACAGAUUCUACAGUCAGUACUGCAACAACAAGAAGAAGGUAAGCAUCAAUCUGAGGAAGACCAACAACAGCAACAAGAACAACAACAACAACAAAACGAUUUGUCUUCAUUAUGGACAACAUCUAUAUCAGAUAGAACAGACGCCAGCAUUCCUUCCUUUGCCUAUGUAAAUAACGAUGCUCACAUGAAAGACGUACCAAAACAACAACAACAACAACAAUCAUUGUUGAUACAUUCAACAGAUUUACCACGAUUACUACUUCUUGAUCAUAGUGAUGGUGAAACUGAAGAAACGGUAUCUUAUAUAACUCCUCCAGAAGAUGCACAACAUAUUCAGGAGGGUAUUCAAACACCUAGACAAGAUCCAGCUAAUUAUUCAGCGAUAACAACAAUAACUCCAAUGAAUGAGAAUCUCCAUUGUGAAACAGGCGGUUAUGUUGUUGGAGUGGAAAGUUGUCGAAGUAGUAUUAUUGUUGAUGGCAAUUUCGACAAGGAAAUAUUCGCUUAUCCUAUUUCUAAUGAAGCAGUUGGUCAUUCUCUGUUAAACUAUGCUGAAUUACAAACAAUUAACACCGGUAUGCCAAUUUCACAGUCAAUAUUGCCUAUCGAUAAUUCUCAAAUAUUGAUUCCGUGUAGAGAGGGGAAAAUAAAUCAAAAUGGAAAUAUGUCAGCUACUACAGAACAGCAUAAGAUUGAGUCUUCCGGUGAAAAUUCCAAUUUUCGUAGUAUUUGUAUAUCGACUAAUGGUAAUACUGAUCAUUUGGCUACUACAACAUUUCACAAUGUUCAACCCUUUCAAAAAAGUGUCCAAUCAUCUUCAUUCCCUACAAAUAAUGAAUCAGGAGUUGAGUUGUACGAGUAUAUACCUUCACGUUAUACUGGUUUAUCUACAUCCGAUGUCCAAUUGCUUCAUUUGGAUCAGAUUUGUCAAAGUCUACCAACUUGCAAUGGACUAGUUAAUUCUACUACAGAGACGACAAUAACAAUACGACCAGACACUAAUCAACUUUCAUUCAAUACUGCUAAAGAAAAGCCUAUAAAUGAUUUGCCGAAACAAAGUCAAUUGAAUAGUAUAUCAGAAAAUAUGAUUGGAAGUGUAACUAAGAUAACUUAUCCGAAUAAAUUAUCAAAUGACCAAUACUUCUAUUAA